AUGAUCGAACACAUUGGGAAUCGGUACAUUGAGAACAGGCCGGUGUAUUCUGCAAAUGCCUUUAAGGAAGACCAUAAGAAGAAACACAGAUAUCAUAAGACAUUUCUGGAUCAUCUCAAAGUGUGCUGUAGCUGUUCCACACAAAAGGCCAAGAGAAUUGCCCUCUCUUUACUCCCCAUAGCAUCUUGGUUACCAGCAUACCGGAUAAAGGAAUGGCUACUCAGUGACAUUGUUUCUGGAAUCAGCACAGGGCUAGUGUGUGUACUACAAGGUUUAGCAUAUGCUCUACUGGUCAACAUCCCUCCAAGCUAUGGGUUAUAUGCAGCCUUUUUCCCAAUCAUAACCUACUUUUUCUUGGGCACUUCUAGACACAUAGCUGUGGGUCCAUUUCCAGUUCUGAGUAUCAUGGUGGGAGCAACAGUUAUGAGACUAAGCUCAAUGGACAAUUCAGAUGCUAUGGAUUCUUAUAAUAGCUCAAUGAGUAGUAACUCAUCACUAGAUGCCUAUAAGGUGAUGGUGGCCGCCACAGUCACAGUUCUUUCUGGAAUCAUCCAGUUGCUCCUGGGGGUUCUGCAGGUCGGGUUCCUGGUGAUAUAUCUAUCUGAAUCCCUCAUCAGUGGCUUCACCACAGCUGCUGCUGUUCACGUUCUGGUUUCCCAACUCAAAUUUAUGCUACAAUUGAGUGUCCCAUCACACACUGAUCCUUUUUCACUUUUCAAAAUACUAAAUUCCAUAUUCACACAAAUAGAGAAGACUAAUAUUGCAGACCUUGUGACAUCCUUGAUUAUCCUCUUCAUUUUAUUUGUGGUUAAAGAGAUAAAUCAGCGCUACAAAGCCAAACUUCCAGUGCCCAUCCCAAUUGAACUCAUCAUGACUGUGAUCGCAACAGGGGUAUCCUAUGGCUUUGAUUUCCAAGGAAGGUUUAAUGUGACUGUGAUUGGGCAAAUGCCAAAUGGAUUUGAGCCACCUAUCACGUAUGACUUGGAGAUUAUCAAAGGAACCAUCGGCGACAGCUUCAGCAUUGCAAUCGUUGGCUUCGCAGUGGCCUUUUCGGUUGCCAGCGUUUAUUCCCUCAAACACGAUUAUGCGAUUGAUGGCAAUCAGGAGUUAAUAGCCUUGGGAGUGAGUAACAUAUUCACUGGAUCAUUCAAAGGAUUUGCCGCAAGUACCGCCCUCUCCAGAUCUGCAAUUCAAGAAAGUACUGGAGGCAAAACGCAGAUUGCUGGGAUUCUCUCUGCUCUCAUCGUGCUGAUUUUCAUUGAAAACCUGGGAUUUCUUCUGGCGCCACUACAAAAGUCUGUCCUGGCAGCUCUGGCACUUGGAAACUUAAAGGGGAUGCUGAUGCAGUUUACAGAAAUACGAAGACUGUGGCGAAAGGAUAAGUAUGAUUGUCUCAUUUGGAUCGUGACCUUCAUCUUUGUCACUGUCCUGGGACUUGCGUUAGGCCUGGCAGCUAGUGUGGCGUUUCAGCUUCUGACCAUCGUGUUCAGGACCCAAUUUCCGAAAUGCAGCACACUGGCUAGUGUUGGAAGGAGCAACAUCUACAAGAAUAAGAAAGAUUACUCUGAUAUUUAUGAACCAGAAGGAGUGAAAAUUUUCAGAUGUCCAUCUCCUAUUUACUUUGCAAACAUUAAUUUCUUUAAGCAGAAACUUAUUGAUGCUGUUGGCUUUAGUCCACUUCGAAUUCUACGCAAGCGCAAUAAAGCUUUGAAGAAAAUCCGAAAACUGCAGAAGCAAGGCCUGCUACAAGUGACACCAAAAGGAUUUAUAUGCACUGUUGAUGGCUUGAAAGAUUCCGAUGAGGAGCUGGACAACAACCAAGUAGAAGAACUGAACCAGCCAAUCAAUACCACAGACCUGCCCUUCCAGAUAGACUGGAAUGCUAAUCUUCCUCUCAACAUUGCGGUCCCUAAAAUUGAACUGCAUAGCCUCAUCCUGGAUUUUUCAGCGGUGUCAUUUCUUGAUGUUUCUUCAAUGAGGGGUCUCAAAGCGAUUUUGCAAGAUUUCAUCAGGAUCAAGGUAGAUGUGUAUAUUGUUGGAGCUGAUGAUGAUUUCAUUGAGAAGCUUGUACGGUGUGAGUUUUUUGAUGAUGAAGUCAAGGACUCAAUAUUCUUCUUAACAAUCCAUGAUGCUGUUUUGCAUAUUUUGAUGAAAAAGGAUUACAGUACUUCAAAGUUUAAUUUCAAUCAGGUACCAGUUGAAACGAAAUUCUAAUCAAAAUAUGAUCCAGAGGGCUACUCAUCUGACCGUCACACACAGAACAACUUUAUACCCAGAAAGUUAUUGAUGUAUUCAUACAUUGUAUGAAGAAUAUUGUUAUUUGACACUAUUAUGUUUCAAACUUUGGAACAAGAUUGUUCUACCUUGGUAUAUUUUUCACAUAUGUAGUAUAAAAUUAUGUAAAUACUCUUAAUUUUAUAAGCUUGUAGAUUUAUCAAAGGAAGAAAAUUUUUGUGUUUAUAUGUAUUUUUGUAGCACUGACAGAUUUCUAUCCAAAUCACUACUUUCAUGCAUGUUUUAUUACACCACUGCUUUGAAUCUUGUAAUUUAUACUGUUCAUACAGUAUGUAAUUAAUACAGCUCCACUUUAAAAAAAUCCAUUUGUACAGUAGGUGUGCCGUUUUAUUAAAUUUCUUGUUUGCUUUCUGAAAUACCCUUGCUGCGAGCCCCCUUUAUAAUGGUCUGGCUGGAAGCUUGCUACAUGAGAAUCUUCUAAACCCCCUGUAAUGAAACUUCUU